AUGCAGCAAGAUGAUGGACAGGAAAAAUUCCAGCAGCUACAAAACUUUCAAUCCGAUGACUUGCUGGAAAAAUUAAAGUUACUCAACUAUGAAAAACAUUUGCUCAAGGAAUUCAAACUGAAACCGCUGUCGCGUUUCUAUUUCGUAAAGGCCACAAAUCCCGGAGAGCAAUUUUAUAUGUUUACUUUAAUAUGCUGGUGGCUAUGCAAGAAACUCGGAAAGGAUAUGGAGCGGCCACAGGAGUACGAUGAUCCCAACACUGUGUCCGCCAAUAUCAUUAAAAUGCUUGGGGAGAUUGAUGUCCCAGUGGAUUUCCAGCCCAAUAAGCUGAUUCGUGGAGCUGGACCCAUCUGUCUUUCGGUCCUGGAUGUUCUCUCCACGCAAGCCUGCAAAGUGGCCCAAGUGGGCUACCAAAAGCUGCACAUCGCCCAGGAGGAGGAGUUCCUGGGCGAUUAUCUGGAAGACAAUGCGGAGAUCAUAUUGGAGAAACUGGAGGACGAGCAGAAUGCAGCCGCCUUAAGUGAUGAUAGUGACAUGGAGUUGGAGGCGCACAAUUUCCGGCAGCUGAACUGGUUGAAUCGGCCGCAGAAGAAAUCCAUGGGAGAUGUCAACCUGGAUGAGCGGAAUCCUGAAUUAGAUGCUCGCAUGAGCGAUCAUCAGGAGUGGCAUAUGGAACUCGAAAGAGUCCUGCCCCAACUGAAAGUAUUCGUCAAAGCAGACGCCCGCGACUGGAGGACCCACAUCAGCCAGAUGGAGACCUUAAAAACAAACAUAUUGCAAAACUCCGAUACCGCCGAGGCUCAACUAAAGAAACUGCACAGCGAGUUCACUUUCGACUUGGAAAAGAUCGAAAGCCGCGAAAAACAUUUGAACAAUGAGCUCAAGCCCCUGAUUCAGCAGUUCAAGGAGCUAUCCAUUGAACUGUCCUCCAUCCAAUAUGCCCAGAAUCAGUUGCAGGAGAACAUGGAGAAGCAGACCGCAGAGCUCAACGAGGUCAUGAUGGAGCAGGAGCUGAAGAAGGAGGAAAUGGAGCGACGAGGACAGGCCAUGUCGGAUGGGAGUUCGGUGCAGCAGAUCAGGAAAGCGAUCGCCAAGCUGAAGGAGGACACUGCGCAACUGAAUCUGGAGGUGGCUCUGCUGGUGCAUGCCCACGACCAGGACAUUGUGGUGCGGCAGUUGCAGCAGAACCAAACCACCGACCUGGCAAACAACCCAUAAAACAUAUACCCCGCUGAUAAGCACUACUUAGCAUGCUAAAUGGUACAUAUAUCUGUAUAUAUCCCUACCAACCAGCCAGCCCGAUCUUUUCACACCUCGCGAAUGGGUGUGCUCUCGUUUGCACUCGUUCUGCAGGAGAUAGUUGCACUGGAAAAAAAUACGCUGAUAAGAGCGUUUAUUUUUAUUAAAGAUGUUUGAAAUUAUGCGAUCGUUUUACUACAACGGGAUUGUAUGCUUAAUAAUUUAAAAUAUAAU